GGGGGGGGGGGGUGUUCUUUUGUAGCAAAUUGUAUUGUAACCCUCUGUAACAGUAGAGUUGCUGGACUCUGUUAUGUUACCCUAGGGAUGGGGCAGGUUUGUGGCCAGGAAUACAAAAGCAAGUUUAAACCAGCCUUGGUUUGGUACUUCCUCUGGCCACAGUAUGUGUAUGGGCUGGCAGAGGAUCCCUGGCAGUGAUUUGGUAUGCUGUUCAUUACUUCAAGGCCAGCAAGAAGGAAAAGACAGUAAGAAUUUCACUGUUAACAGUGCUUGAAUGUAAUAACAAGAUACCUUUUCUGCUGAGAGCACAGGGGUAGUAUGAGAGGACUGCCAGAGCUAGGUAGGUAAAGAUUAUUUUCUUGUGUUUUGACAUUUGUAGACAUUAAAACGCUCUUUCAAGUAGAAGCAGUUUUGGGGAUGUGCAGACUGUGUGAUCCUGUCUCCUGGCUGGUCAUAACAAAUCUAGUUGCAUGCAGUAGCUCAUUUCUUAUGUGGGAUGUCUCUGUCAGAAACUGAACUACCAGCAUUAAGAUUUGACUUCCGUAUAUUAGAAGAAAAACUCAGUUCAUUCUUUUCAAGAAUAUUCAAAAACAUUAACAUUACCUGCACUUCGUGUCUAGGAUUUACUGAAGUUGUUCUGUUACAUUUGACUCUUGUUCAGAAUUAACAACAAAGAUGCUAAUGGUUUAUUAUGAAGAACCUAAUAAUUUGUCAUUUUCCUUUUUUCUUAAUUUGAAGGAUUUAAUUUAAAGAAUAUUAGCCAUAAAUAUCUUUCUAGAAGUGAUCUGUAUAACAUGAGAUGUUUCAGAACCCGUUGAAAGAAGGAAUUGAUGACUUUUGUAAUGAUUGUAUCUUUUAGAAUGGAAUGAAUUUAAAUUUACAGCAUUGUUUGUCUUAGCGGUGAAUGAGCUGUUUUUCAUUGUGGAAGGUAGUAUCUUUAUAUCAAGGAAGAUGGGAUUAUUUUAGAGCUUUUAUCAAAAUAGCCUUUUUCCUCAGUAAUCCUGCUACACCAGUCAAGCUCAAUGUUUUAAAUGUAUCGCAGUUUUGAAUCUAUUACUCUCCUACCCCUCCAAUUCUACUGCCUCAACAAAACUCUUCUUAUUGGCAAAUCACUACAAUAGGAGUUUGAGCUCAUGUAUGCUUUGCUUCUUCCAGCUUCCAGGUAGGUGAUUCCUGUAUAAUGUGGAGUUUGAAUCAAUCUGGUUGUAACUGCUGGUUGCCAGCUUCCUGCCUUGUCCCAGCUGGUGUUUGAACUUUGUUGUUGGUGUUUUUUCUGUCUGGGCAGGCAUAGAGAUAUGCUAGAGAGUUAUAUUUGGCUUCUCUAAGUCCCUCGUGGCAACCCCAUCAUUCCACCCAGUGGGGUGCCUUCAGAUAUUAUACAGUGACCCUAAGGACUUGAAGCUUAACUUCCCAGAGUGUUUAGGUGGACUCUCUGCUACCUGAAAAUAGUUUGAACAGGGCAGACUGAGCCACUUGUUUUUUGGCAGAGCAACUUUACCUUAUUGUUAGCCGGUAGGAGGAUUGAAGCCCAGUUUGGGGUGGCUCAGAGGGACUAAGAGAAACCGAAAUAGCCAGGUAAGAGAUAGUGAUGAAACAUCCUCUUCCUUAUCCCAGGUGCUUAUAGUCCUGCACAGAUGACUAUAUUUUAACUGAAGAAUCCAUCAUAGCCAUUGUAAAAAGAACCCACUUAAUGGAGAAAAAAAAAAAAAAUAUAUAUAUAUGUAAAAAAUAAACCUAGAAAAAUUGCAUUUUUUUUUUUGCCAGGAUUAAUUACAUUUAAAAAAUGUUGGCUGCUAAAUGCCUUCCAGAAUUAAAUUGUGUUUAACACCAUGUCUAGACCCAAAUUCCUCAGGCAUAACAAAUGUAUCAUCCCAUAAUAGCAUGGAAUAUAGGAUCAAAUGCUUAAUAUCUGGCUAUCUAGAUAUUUUUUGCACGAGCUUUUAGCAGAUUAGGUUUUCUGUUAAAACUUCCAUUCAGAUAUAAAAAUACCUGUGAGUUUCAAAAAGACACGUUUUCUAGAACUGUAGAUGUUAAAAGCAUGCCAGUAUUGCAUGUGUAAGCUAAUGAUCUGCUGUGUGGGUAAGUAUUGCUUGAGUACCAGGUUAUUUUAGUGGGAGAGUCCCCCUAAAUACCUAGUUGUUAUUUUGGCCCCUGCAAAAGCCAUGCUUAAUGCCAUGCUUGCUAAACAAGUAGAGACAGUCAAUAAAUUAAGCAGAUAACUAUGUGUUAGCAAGUUCUUGACAUACAGAGCAAGAAGUUAUAACAACAGCCUAAUCACAGUCUCAUUCAGAACAGUACUGAGAUAAUCUGUUUUUUUUCACUGUAAAAUGUAAUUCUUUUUUCUACUUGAAAUGUAUUAUGGGAAGGAAUAACUUAUUUUUCUUUUUGCCUGGGAUACCGUUUUCUAUUUUUCUUCUGUGACAUAUAUCUUUUUUUUUCUUGUAGAUUGAAAGAAGAAAAGGAGACCUGCUUGUCCAGUGAAGAUGCAGUCUUAGUCUUCAGCUAUUUAAGCUGAAUGCAUUGUGAUUUCCAAUAAUUGAGACAGUGAUUCUGAAAGCUGUCUACAUUAAUGAAAAGAACAAUGUAGUCAGCUUAACUGAAUCAUCAGUGUUGCAUAUUGAAUAGGACAUGAUAACCCAAUCUUGAUGGACUUACGCAUGUUAGGAAUAUAGAUAUAAACAUUUAUUGAAAGCAUUGUGUUUUUUUAAAACGGUAGUUUUACAGUUUAAAAAAUGGAGAAAUAUGAAAAUGUACCACCCCUCCCUAAAGAACCUGCAAGAGAAAUGAAUGUGGAGAAUCACACUUGUCCCCCACCUCUGCCGCCUAAUGAACAGCCUCCACCACCUCCCCUGCAAACGUCCAGUGACGCAGAGGUAAUGGACGUUGGCUCUGGUGGUGAUGGACAGUCAGAUACCCCUGCUGGGGACACGCACAGUAUCUGCAGAACACAGCUUCUCACAAAGGGAUCUGCCUGCUACAAAAGUCGUCUUAUAAUAGACCCUAACAAUAGUGACCAAAGCCCAAGAACUGCUCGUCAUGCACCUUCAGUUCGAAAGUUCACCCCAGAUCUUAAGUUACUUAAAGAUGUAAAGAUUAGCGUUAGCUUUACGGAAAGCUGCAAAAGCAAAGAUAGGAAAGUUCUGUACACUGGAAUUGAGCAGGAUUAUAAGGCAGAUACAGAUUUUGGUAUUAAUAAUGUCAAUGGGGAUUUGCAUGUUUGUCCUUUUGGUGGUAGUAAUGGUAAAGCUGUAGGAAUAGGGGGUGAAAAUGAUGACAAGAAGGAUGAUGAGAAUGAUGUUGAUCAGGAAAAGAGAGUGGAAUAUGCAGUUCUGGAUGAGCUAGAAGACUUUACCGACAACUUGAUGGAAAUAGAUGAAGAAGGAGGAGGGUUCACAUCUAAAGCAAUCGUUCAAAGAGAUAAAGUGGAUGAAGAAACCAUGAAUUACUCAUACGAGGAUGACUUUGAUAAUGAUGUGGAUGCUCUGCUGGAAGAGGGUCUUCGUGCACCCAAAACAAGGAGAGUGGAAAACGAGAAAUAUGGUGGUGAAAGCGACCACCAGUCUGAUGGAGAAACAAGUGUGCAGCCAAUGAUGACCAAAAUUAAAACUGUUCUUAAAAGUCGUGGCCGCCCUCCUACAGAACCUUUACCAGAUGGAUGGAUCAUGACAUUCCAUAACUCAGGCAUUCCUGUAUAUCUGCACAGAGAAUCUAGAGUUGUUACCUGGUCUAGACCUUAUUUCUUGGGAACAGGAAGCAUAAGGAAACAUGAUCCUCCCCUUACUAGCAUUCCCUGCUUGCAUUAUAAAAAAAUGAAGGAAAAUGAGGAAAGGGAACAAAAUAAUGACAUAACCCCAAAUGGGGAAGUAUCACCCAUAAAGCACAUAGAUAAGUCUUCAGAACUGGAUUGCCAAACAGAAGAACCAGAUUCCACUGCUGCUGAUUCUGGGCCUUUAGAUGAAAAAGACACCUCAGGGGGAGAUGCAGCACAAGGAGCCUUAGGACAAGUUAAGGCCAAAGUUGAAGUAUGUAAAGAUGAAUCUGUAGAUCUGGAAGAUUUUAGACGCUACCUUGAGAAGCGUUUUGACUUUGAACAAGUUACUGUAAAAAAAUUUAGAACCUGGGCUGAGAGACGGCAAUUCAAUCGUGAGAUGAAGCGGAAGCAGGCAGAAUCUGAGCGGCCUAUUCUGCCUGCCAAUCAGAAACUCAUUACCUUGUCUGUGCAAGAUGCACCUACAAAGAAAGAAUUUGUCAUUAAUCCCAAUGGGAAAUCCGAAGUUUGCAUAUUGCAUGAAUAUAUGCAACGAGUCCUAAAGGUUCGCCCUGUUUACAAUUUCUUUGAAUGUGAGAACCCAAGUGAGCCUUUCGGAGCCUCAGUGAUUAUUGAUGGAGUAACUUACGGGGCAGGAACUGCCAGCAGCAAAAAGCUUGCCAAGAAUAAAGCUGCUCGAGCUACACUGGAAAUCCUUAUUCCUGACUUUGUUAAACAAACCUCUGAAGAGAAGCCCAAAGACAGCGAAGAACUUGAGUAUUUUAACCAUAUCAGUAUUGAGGACUCACGGGUAUAUGAACUGACCAGCAAAGCUGGGCUCUUGUCUCCAUAUCAGAUUCUCCAUGAGUGCCUUAAAAGAAACCAUGGAAUGGGUGACACAUCCAUAAAAUUUGAAGUGAUUCCUGGUAAAAAUCAGAAGAGUGAAUAUGUCAUGACUUGUGGCAAGCACACAGUGCGAGGCUGGUGCAAAAAUAAAAGAGUGGGGAAACAAUUAGCUUCACAGAAAAUCCUACAGCUACUGCAUCCACAUGUGAAAAACUGGGGCUCCCUUUUGCGUAUGUAUGGUAGAGAGAGUAGCAAGAUGGUCAAACAGGAGACCUCUGACAAAAGCGUGAUAGAGCUUCAGCAGUAUGCCAAAAAGAACAAGCCAAAUCUGCACAUCCUGAACAAGUUACAGGAAGAAAUGAAAAAACUGGCACAAGAAAGAGAGGAAACGCGGAAGAAGCCCAAGAUGACAAUUGUGGAGUCGGCGCAGCCCGGCAGCGAACCGCUGUGCACUGUUGAUGUCUAAGGGGAGGGUUUCCGAGUAGGGAGCAAUAACGCACAUGGAGGAGCUAGAUUUUCAACAACUAUUUAAAAAUCUGUUUGCUGCAGAAUGCAAGAUAACUUUUAAAAUCCAAGCUGCUUCAGUUAUGCAUUGUUCUUUUUGCAUCAUCAGGGCAAUAUUACUUGUUUUCUUUCUUUUUUUUUUUUUAAUACCUCUGAGAUACGAUACGUAUGUGUCGAGGUUUGAUCAUAAAGAUCUCUGCUUGGGCAGGAUGCACAGAGGACAGGCAUGUUCACACAGGACACGGUCAAGCAAGCACUUUUUCCUUGAAAACCAUCCAUGCUGUUUGAAAUGGAUGUGUUUUAAGGAUGAAAUUCAGAAUAUCUAUAUACAGGUUAAAGGUGAUACUAUAUAUAUAUACACACACACAUAUAUAUGUAUAUAUAAAAGAAAUAUAUGUACAUGUCUUGUAUGAACAUGCCUAAAACUGUUUUUGUGUAAAGUCUUGUUGCAUUUCAGCACAUAAUAAUAUGCACUGAUAAGACACUUCGGUGACAAAUACAUGAAAUGAUGAGCAAUGUUCCUAAUGCCAUAGGAUUAGGCCAGUAAUGCUGUUUCUUCUACUUUAUUUUGUCUCCUGCCAGGCUUAUUCAAGAUCAUAACAUGCAGACUUUUUUUUUUUUUUUAACUACUUGAAAAGAACAAGUGUACCUGGUAGUGUUAAGAGCAACAGGCUGGAUAUUCAAAAUUAUGUUCUAUGUUAAUUGAAAAAGAGCCAAUGUUAGUUUACAGAUAGUUGAAAGGGGAAAAUGAGGCCCUGCUUCUUGGAUUAAAGUGAAAACAGGAAUCUGAAAGGCUGUUUUCAAAGCUUGGAGCCAAACUGUAACUGAAGAUGGCUGACAGUCUGAAAAUAUGUUGCCAAUGAGGUGUUUAAAGAUGCCCCACUCCCUUCUCCCAGCAAGAAGUUUCUCAAUUGUUUGGAGUCAGAAUUAAUCUGACUUGAUAAAUUAAGUCUUAACUUCCAGCUUAAAAUGAAAAAGUUUUGAAAACAACCAAGAAAAAAAAAGACUGAAGAAAACCCUGAGAAAUCUGAACUAACUGCAGCAAUUUAGUUUUUUUUAAGAAGCUUUGUUUUUACUUUUUUAAUUGCAUUUUUAGUUUUUGAGGAGAAAGUGUAACUUCUGCAAUGAAAAUUAGAAUGUAGAUUCAAAAUACGACGCAGUAAUGAGUAGAAUGUGAGACCAUAGCAAGUUGUAGGGAUGAAUAGGAAAACCACAAAUAUGCAACUGCUCUCAAGUGCAGCCCUGGCACGCAGGCAGUGCUCGCUGUGCCUGCUGAGGCUUGGUGACGUUUAGCGCAGAACGCGGAGUUUUGGCUGUAGCGCGCGUGCUGCUGGGUGAGGCUUUGUCCUUUGGUGUUAUUUACUGGGUGAUUGCAGUACGUCUUCUCUUAGAACCAUUUCUGUGGGUUCUUUGGGUUGUUCUUAAGAAUAGAAAAGAAGCAAAUGGGGGCAGGGCUUCGGCCGCUUACCCGAGAGUUGCCCUGCUCUAUUUUACGCUCCUGUCGCAGUGCAGGAGGUCAGUUUUGUAAUUGCUGCAGCUCCUGGUACUUAUCUGGACAGCGGUCUGGGGCUUGGGGCGGGGAGGGGCAAAGAGGAAUGUUCUUGCAUUGUUUGGGGGCUUCUUUCCUUUAUUUUAUCGUUCGAUACCAUGUUAUGUAUAGAAUGCUGCAGUAUAAAGAAUAUUGUGCCUACUGGAUUUUAACAAUAUUGGCCUCAGUAUUGUCAGACCUCCUUUUAAUAUCACACCUGUUAUUUUGGAAUUGCAAGGAUUUUAGUUGUUAUCUGAAGCUAUUGUUCUCUGUUCCGUGGCUUACAAUGUCUGAGGUUAAACAGGAGCCUUAGAGCCCCGCCUGUUGCUGUUUGAAGGGCGAGCUCUGAGCUCUGCAAAUACAAAUUUGCUCACUGUUCAUGAUUCUAUUUAGCUUCUGUUCUGCAAGCUGUAAACCUGUGCUAACAGGAUACGGGUAGUUGGAAGACUCUGCAGAAACUAGGAUUUAAAGAAGUGGCCUAUCUUAAAUACAAACAAACAAAAAAAACCUGCCUCUGCUGCUUUUUUUUUUUUAGCAGCACAGCUUUAACCAAUCUCCAUCUUUCUCUGGAAGGUAUGUAAUAUUGGUGCAGUAGUGACAAGCAGGGAUUACUGCUUGUCUCUGAUUUAUUUUUACUUUAUUAUUUUUUUCACAAAGACAGGGCUUCUCUCUUCUAUGCCUCAGUGUGUAGCUGCAUUAGGUAGGCUGUACUUGGGCUUGUGUGUUUUCAGCAGAACAGCUGUGCGUGGACAGCACUGUAACAGACAAAUCACCCUCGCAGAUCCUUUGUUGUUCUGAGAUCAGAAUGUCAGUGUCUUUGCAGGUCGCCUGCAGAAUAUCCGUAGAUGCCUCACUCACAAAUUUGAUUUUGUUACUUUUAAGAGGAUUGCUGUAUUACCUCAGUCUGCCACUAUCAGAAUCACAAGGUGACCGCUGCCCUUAAUUAAAACAUCCAGAGAUUUCAUUGUGAACCAAAGCCUAGAACGUAUAUUAUGCAUUCUAAACAAAAAACAAAAAAGAUGGUAUUAGACCUUGCUGCAGCCUCUAACUGGAGAGAUGUCCAGAAAAUAGCGCAAUAACUGCUGGAACAAACAACUUAACUGCUGUUAAUCGUCAUUGUGAAGUAUUCUUGUGUUUUAAUGUUUACUAUUGUUUGGAGUGUAAGUCUUGCAUUUGCACAUAAGCACGAGCUGCUUUGAUAGAGGAUAGAUCAUUGCAUUAACUUCAGCUUCUGCAUGAACACUUACAGCGUGAUUCAAGAUGUAUCCUAAAUUUGUAUUGUAACUUGUGUGUUUCCUAGGUAAUUGGCUGUAAAGGUUUAGAUCUUGAUUGUACGAAUGCAUAAAAUCAACUGCUGCUUUUGUCACUGAUGUUUGUUCUUUAUCCCUUCGAUAUACAGAGGAGGAUGGGUAUUUUUAUAGGAAUGGAGUGCAUUUUUAAGAACUGUUCCCUCUGGGAGUUACAGUUUUUGCUUUGCAUAUUAUGUGCUUCUCACCAGGCGUGUGGUAAACGGACUGGAAGGGUUAGUGUGCAUUCCGCUCGUUAGUUACGGUACUGAUGGAAAACUGACUGUGACUUCCGCUGCCCAGACAGAUGCUACCUAUUUGAACACCAGUCGUUCAGCUUUUUCUUAAGUAUUUAUUAGAAACAAAACUGACCCCGUAGCUGGGUACUCAGAUGUUUGGAAAGACUAUUAUGCAUAAACUUAACUAUUGUAUGUGAACUUCCACUUUCCUGUGCUGCUGUUAGGCUUUAUACAAAUAUAUUUUUAACAUCCAAGUAUUUAAAAGCAUGAUUAUAUCUUAAUAAUUCUCUAGACUGUUCUUUGGUUCUGGAAUAAAAUUCAGGAAGUGGUAGCUGCCUAACUUUCCACAGGGACAAAGGUGAAGUGCAAGAAGCCAUGCUGUUCUUAACCAAAUAAAAUGUUCAGUUACAGUAUUCUGAUGCGUAUCUGAGAAGGGAAAGUGGGGGGGGGGGGGGGGGAAGAAAAUCGUUCUUAUUGCCCAAGUAGAUAACAAAGGUUGCUGUAUGAAUUGUAGUGGGUGCAGUUGCUUGAUGCCAGUGCUAAAUUGGUACAACUAUAAAGCCUCAUUUUCACUGAGCCUCUGCUUGCUUUUUUCUGCACAAUCAUAUAAGCCUCUGUGUUUGGUCUUUGAGUACUACAUGUGUAUUUUUCAGACAAUUAGUUUUGAGCAAUAAAGUUUGAUAUUAUAAAA